AUGAGAUUCUUUGUAACAUUGAUAUUAUUCGUAUCGGUGGCUGCGAAAAAGGGCUUCGAUGCGAUUGGCACAAUUUCUGUUAGCACGUUUGAGUGCUUGAAAAAGGAUGGAUACGACUUUUAUGUGGCCAGGGUUUGGGAGGAGAUUAACAACUACGAUCUCAGCGGCAUCCAGAAUAUCAAACACGCACGACAAGCCGGCUUCACCGACGUAGACGGAUACAUCUACCCUUGCCUGCGCUCAAAUUGCCCGGCCGGGUCAAAACAGGUUGAAGCCGUCAUCGACAAGUUACAUGCAGAAGGGGCCAAAAUUGGCAUGCUUUGGCUUGACGUCGAGGGUAAGUGGCCGGCCGACCACGCCCACAACCAGAACUUCAUCAAGGGCAUGGCCGAGGCGGCUGAGAAGAAAGGCGUGAAAGUCGGUGUCUACACUGGCCAAUACUCUUGGCCAGACAUUGUGGGCUCCUGGUCUGGGAUGGCAAAGUACCCGCUCUGGUGGCCCAACUACAACAAUGAUCCCGGGUUUGGGAAAUUCCACGAAUACGGUGGCUGGAAGAAGCCGGAAAUCCAUCAAUACCAAGGAGAUCUGACCAAGCGCCCCUGCGGACUUGGUGAUAUGGAUCUUGAUUAUAAAGCU